CGACUUGAAUCCGCCAAGCUCGUAAACCUCGUUUACAUGGCUGAGCAAAGCUGCGUGUAAGCAGAGAUUUGUAAGAAGAGCUUUCUACAGUAGGCACGAUCAGACAUACAUGUAUCAAUUCAGAUAUUAAUAUGCUGUCAACGUCGCUCGUUACUGGCCACUGGAAAACACCCAUCAGCCGUCCAUCAGCACUCUCUCUUCAUCACCACAUUCACUAGAAUCACACUCACUUAAACCUCUACUCAAUCACCCGCUGUCAAAAUGCGUGCUGCAACCCUCAUCGCCGCUUGCUUCGCUGCCAGUGCCGCAGCUCAGACGAUAUACUGCUGCGUUAGCAACGACCAGGACCAGGUUGUGCCCAUGGACGAUCAGACUGAGAGAUGUUGCCAGGCUUCGGAGGGUAACAUGCAGGGUCAACACGAGUGCGCGCUUGAAGUAGGACUCUUCGGCUUCAGCCAAUGCUGUCGCCAGCAGAGCACGUCCACCUGUAACUUCUGAUUUAAAGGGCGCGAAGUUCGGUGGCGCAACGGGGGAUUACCGAGGCCUCUCACACAUUAUCAAUGCUGUUGGAAAUCGGAAUUUGGAUAUCAUGGGCGGCAGGUUUUAUGAAAUCUACCUGAAGCGACUUGGGGUUCUUGUUAGUGAGCUCGGAUCUUGGCUGAAAUACAACUCGAUCUGUUGAUAAAACACAAUGCGCCAUCCAUUAUAUAUGUGAAGUGAAAUUACUCAAUCGCCC